AUGUACCCGUGGAACUGUUGUAGAACUUGCCUUAACGAGCAAUCUCUACAUCCAAUAUUUGCAGUUCCUGAGCAUAGUGAUAAAUAUUCUAAAUUGAUACAAUUAACUACUGGUGUAAAGGUUGAAGUAAACGACACACUUCCACAAGAAAUGUGCUCCACAUGCAUUGCAUUUAUAAAUAACUCAAUUAAAUUUCGUAAAUGCUGUGAAGAUGCUCAGAAAUCUUUAUUAGAUCACAAGAUUCAUGAUAUUAAAUCUGAUACACCACACAUUUUAAAAAUAGAAUAUGAAAAGGCAGUGACAAUAGAUAUAUCUGCAUUUUUAUCACCUGAUGAUGAUUUUAAAGAUUAUGACGAUAACAUUACACUAGAUAACUUGCAGUACAGUAAUUAUGAAAUUCCUGAACACAAAAUCUGUAAUACCCCAGAUAAAACAUUGCAAAAAGAAUUUGAACCCAGAAUAUUAGACGUAGUAGAAAACCCAGAAGAAAUAUUUUUUAACAAUGAAACAAAUAAAAAAGACAAUGUUAAAACUAAACCUAGGAGAACAGGAAAGAAUAAAAUUGAGAAGCGUGAAAAGGAGAAAGAGUCAAAGAAAGAAAAAGCUGAAAGAGUUAAAGAGGAGAUUGAAUGUGAAUAUUGUCAUAAAAUAUUAACAUCAAGGUUAUCAUUACGUAACCAUUAUAAGAUACACACGGGUUUUGAUGUAGUUUGUGAGCACUGUGGCAAAAAGUUUAUCACCCGUCGCCUCCUGUUGAUGCACUGUCGAGCGAAACAUGGAUAUGAGAAAACGGACAAGUGUUCCUACUGCGACUACAAGGCUUCUAAUGCUGAACAGGUGAAGAUCCAUGAACGCCUACAUACAGGCGAGAAGCCCUACGUUUGCAAGGAGUGUGGGGCUGGAUUCCAUCGGAAGAGUAGCUAUCUCCAGCAUAUCGCCAUACACCUUCCCGAGAAAACAGUGCAGUGUACACAAUGCCCGGCUCGCUUCAAAUCUGCGACUCUGAUGCGCAUCCACGCCAGUCGCCACCGAGCCGCCCGGUACUCGUUCAAAUGCCGCGUGUGCGACGGUAGUUUCGCGAGGCGGCGCAACGUUGCGCGACACUUGCAGAGGGUACACGCUUUACAACCCCAGCAGGAGCACAUCGAGCGUCUAGUCUUGACCUGA